AUGCAGAGACUCCAGGCUGAGGUGCGGGGGUUGAAGAAAGAGGAGCUUAACCUUAUGCAACUAGCCCAGCUGCCGUUCCUGUCCGCAUGCUUCCAAGAAGGUCUGAGAUGCUACCUCCCUGUUCCGACUCCAUUUUUCCGCAUUACACCCAAGGGAGGCAACAUGAUCUGUGGAGAUUGGAUCCCAGGAUUCACCCGUGUUGCCGUCUCUCAUUACGCUGCCUACCAACACCCGAUGAAUUUCAAGGACGCCAGCUCCUUUAUUCCCGAUCGUUGGCUCCCUGGAUCUGGCUACGAAAGUGACCGCAAAGAUGUCUGUAACCCAUUUUCCGUCGGUCCACGCGAUUGUAUCGGUCAGAAUCUGGCACAUCACGAGAUGCGCGUUAUCCUUGCAAAUCUUGUAUGGCACUUUGAUUUCGAGUUGUGCCCAGAAAGUCAGGGUUGGCUCAAUCAGAAGGUUUACAUGCUGUGGGACAAGCCUCCGCUGAUGGUCAAGGCCAAGCUUAGAGCUGAUUUAUAG